AUGAAAUCUUCGGCGUUACGACUCCUUGCCCUGGCAUCUUUUGCGCCCUGUCUCAUCUCUUCUCAGGACGCUCCUCUUCCACCUGAAGAUCCUGCGAGCACGUCGCUUGUGUUUGUUACCCACGGCCCCCCAAGGCCUGUUAUACCGUUGCCUGGAGAGUCAGCAACUUCUUUGGCAGACAUUCCUGGGAAUGAUGAGCCAAACCCCGAUGACGAUCCAGGUGCAACCGAGUCGGACUCUCCAGAGACCAAGAGUCCUGGUGAUGUCAACGGCAAUGCUUCACCUGCUGCAACAUCUACCGGUAAAGAUGAGAACCCAUCACCCAUUGAUGAGGAAUCUCAGCCCGCCGUUUCACAGACCCAAGCUCCUUCAGAGGGUGAAAGCACUGUGACCCAGGACGUUCCUGAGCCCCCUCAGGUUUCUUCAGGACCCGCGGGUCCAAAAUCAACUGCCGAGGGUGAUGGGCCGCCUGUGACAGCUGCUCCUGGAACGGAAACAGAAGGGGAACAAGCGACAGUUACAGGCUCUGAUGACGAAGUCGUUACUUGGAGUGCAGUUCGAGACCCUGAGCAUAUAGACAACACCAAAACAAUAACUCAGACUGAUGAUGAUGGAGCUAUUGUCCCCAUAUUCCCUGGAGGUUGGUGGUGGUCCCGACUUGACGGUCUCAAGGGUGGACCACUGCCAACGGGUAACCCCAAACCAAUUGACAAAGGUAAGGAUGACCCCGAGGAUGAUGAUAAAGACGAGGACGAUGAUGAUGAUGACGAGGAGGAGGAGUGCACUACUGCAGCUCCACCAAAGUGCACUUUGACUCUCUCAUAUUACACAGGCGAAGACGGCGAGGGAACAAGCACCCGCAUCGGUAGUUGUGCCCCAGUCACAGGAUGA